GGUAGUUGGUGAGAGAGAUGGAGGGGAGGAGAAAGAGAGACAGUGAAGAAGGUAGCAGAGGAAGGUGAGGUAGACAGAUAGAGGGAACCCUGAGAGACACACACAUAAACACACAGAGGCACAGGUACAGAUUAGUGGUGUGAGAUGUGCAGAUGUGUGUAUUUGCUGAUGCUGUUAUUCAGCAUCUUUAGAAGAGAUCUGAGCUCUUCAUCUGCUGUGAUUGUUAGACCAGGAGAAAACAUCACACUGCACUGCAACAUCUCCCCUAGCAUUGAGAUGGGCUGGUACCGGCUAAUCAACGACGAGCUCAUGAUGAUAAUGUCAGCCACGAAAGGAAAUCUUGAUAAAGAGCUGGCAGAGAAUUACAACAAAGAUCAUGAACACUUCCAGCCACUUAUUCGAAAUAAUUCAGGACAUGGCCUCGGUGUCUCUCUGAGUCUGAUCAUCAAGGACAUCAGACAGUCUGAUAUCGGCCUGUAUUACUGUGGUGCCAAACACAACAAGGGUGUGAACUUUGCGAGAGCUGUCCAUCUGAACUUUACAGAUGCGGUGGAUGACACUUCAGGUAGUGCAGAGUGCUGGACGCCUCUCAUUUCUGUCUGCUGUGCACUCACGCUCAUGCUCAUGCUCUGCCUCGGUGUCGUCUACAAACAAGGACUUCCUUCAUCCUCCUGUAUGAAGUGUAUGAAAGACAAUGGCAUGAAGGAGGCAGAUUUGCAGUAUGCAAGUCUCAGACACAAUGGAACAUCUCGGGAGAGACACACUCCAACUCCUAACCACGUCACCUAUGACACUGUCGCCAUAAAGGGCACCAAAAGUCCCAGAGUUUAA